UGACAACAUUUUGAUGCACUAAACAAAUGCAAACUUAAGUGACUUAAGUGUUAAUUUCAAUAUUGAUAUUAAAUUAACGACUUCUUGAGAUGAGACAAGUGGUGUAUAAAUGUUAUGAUUGAAUAACAUAUGAAUGAAAUGCAAUGUCAAUGUUUGUGGUCAGUGGACAACUGCGGUAUUGUCCAUUCGUUGGAUAUAAAGACGAAACAGUGGUCACAAUUAAGUUAUCAAAGAUUGGAGUUCAAGCGUUUAUCAUCGGCUCCGCAGUCGAUUUGGGCCAUUGGUGGCGAUCAUCAGAUUUACAUCUAUUUGCCGGCCAGUGAUAUACCGAUCCGAGUGUGUGCUCUGACAUAUGAGAACCAGAGGUGGAAUCCGGUCACACAGUUUAGUUCAAAGAUAUUACUGCCGACCGACAGACCGGCUUUUAGUUGUGCCGACGGAACGUUAGCGUUGCCUAAGGAUAGCUUUACAUUACCAUCAAAGUCAUGGCAGUGGGAAAGUGAUUGGUAUGUCGACAACAACAUUGAAGGCGAACCCUUAGAGCCCGAGGGCUGGUCUUAUGCUAUUGACUUUCCGAUGAAGUUUUCGAGCGAAAGGCGUUGGAAUUCAAUGGUUAGGCGGAGACGUUGGCUUAGGUUUCGUAGAUAUGUUGCGGUGAAUGAAUGGACACUUUUGGAAUCAAUUCAUGGUGAUUAUGUUACCGAACCAUUUAUUGAUAUAUCUACGGGUGGUUAUGAAGUACACGGAACUAAUAAUGGAGUAUUAGCUGUUUGGGCCGUUACUAUCAUUGGCAGAGUUAUGUAUAGAACAGGCAUCGAGAAGUACUCACCCGAAGGUGUUUCUUGGAUUAACGUUUCAGUUCCUACCGGUUGGGAAGUAAACCAAAUAUCUUGUGGUCCAUCAGGUCUUGUUUGGGCCAUUGCUUGGGACGGAUCGGCAUUAGUCAGAACCGGUAUUAACAGAGAUAAUGUUUUUGGUAACAAUUGGAUUAGAGUUGACGCACCAAAUAAGUCUAAAUUAAUGCAAAUAUCUGUUGGAAUGGAUGGUGUUUGGGCUCUAACCAGGGAUGGAAAGGUUUGGUUCCGAAAAGGCGUGCGCGGACUCAACUCUGGUCAUAACGAUAAGUGUGCGGUCGGCUCGGGUUGGGUUGAAAUGCUUCAAGAAAUGUCUUUAUUGUCUGUCACUACUAACGAUCAGGUUUGGGCUCUGAGUCCGGACAAGAAAUGUCUUUAUUAUCGGACAGGAAUUACUUACGGAGAGCUGACUGGAAAGUCAUGGAAAUUGGUAUCACAACAGCCUAUUAACUAUAUCAGCCAAAAGAUUGUCAACAAAGGCGUUGAACAACAAUUGGAUUCAAUAAGCAUAUCAUCUCAAGACUCAUGUUUUUCAAGUUUAUCCGAUAAUCAAACUCAAGCGUGGAUUUGGAUAUCGGCCGCGUGUUGUUCGCUACAAAUUGAUUCGUAUUUUCAAUUUUCUCAAUCAUCUCAUGACUCGCAAUCAUCUCUUGAUUUGUCAAUUGGUUAUACAUCUGAUAAAAAUUGUGAAGACUGUCAAUGGAAAAGCAAUAUAUUAAUGCAAUUAAAUAAAAGGAUUGAAAUUGAAAUGAAAGAUUUUAUGUCAAUCUAUCCUAAAGCUAUUGAAUCUGGUGUUUGGAUAAAAUCUGGUACUUGUUUUGUGGCGAAAACAACUGAUAAAACAUCGAUUACUUGGUGUUCGGGACUAUUAGAACUAGAAAGACAAGGAGUCGAGAAAAAUACCGAAAGCGGGACUCUAACCAUCACUUAUUCAAUAUCACAUCAAAAGACAAAAUCAGAGAAAAUUGUAUUAAAUUUGGCCGAAAUUGUUACUUCUUUUAUUGAUUCAAUUGAUGUAACGUUAUAUUCACCACACAAUUGUUUGUUUAUUAUAACAAACAAUGCUAUUAUAAAAUUAAAAUUUCAAACUGAUAAUGAAAUGGAUGAUUGGUUGGCCACUAUUAAUACAGUUUGUGCCGAUUUGCACGGUAUUAGUAACUCAAUUACUACCUCACUAUCUGGUGCUCUGCUAUAUUGCAUAACAAAUAAAGGAGAUUUAUACGUUGGUUAUACUAUUAGCGAAGACAAUAUAUUUUAUUAUUUGUUAAGCGGAGGUCAUUUUAAAUCAGUUUGUGUUUGUCUUGAUAUUUGUUGGGCAAUAUCUUAUGAAAAUGUUCUGUGGAUUCAUAAUAGAGGCACAGGAGGUGGUAUUUAUCAAACAGUUACGGGUGCUAACAAUAAUUGCAAUCAAAUGACGGAUACAAUGUCUUAUAUUUGUUAUGAAAAUCAACGCUGGAAUCCAUUAACUGGUUUUGCAGCUAAAGGUCUGCCCACUGAUCGUUAUAUGUGGAGCGAUGAGACAGGAAGAUAUGAAUUACUAAAAGAUAGUAUGAAAUUGUUAUCAAAACAUUGGCAAUGGAUCAGUGAGUGGAGUAUAGAUUAUACAGUAGAUAACGGUGCCGUAGACACUGAGGGUUGGCAGUAUGCCAUUGACUUCCCAUUUGAAUAUCAUUCAGAAAGAAGAUUCACAGAUUAUGUUCGUCGGCGACGUUGGAUUCGAAGAUCUAGACUUACAACUACGGGUCCAUUCAUAGAUAUGUCAAAAACUCCUAUAAUCAGUGCAUCGAUGUAUUGUUCAAAUUUUAAAAGCCAAUCCAUUGGUGAAGUAAUACUUAACGUGUGGGCUGUUUCAGCUGAUGGACACGCUUUAUGUAGAUUAGGUGUGAGUAGAAUCAAUCCCAAAGGUUUGUCGUGGGAACACGUCUCGUGUGAACAACCUUUAAGUGAUAUAAGUGUUGGCGGUUAUGGAAACUUUAUUCAAGUCUGGGCCAUAGCUACAGAUGGUUCGGCUUUUUUAAGGCAUGGCAUUAACCGCACGUCUCCCGCGGGAACCGUUUGGUUUCAUGUAGAGGCACCGCGACCUCAAUGUCCACUAACUCAGAUAAGUAUCGGAAAAAACGGUGUUUGGGUUAUUGAUGGUAAACAUAGACUUUGGAUGAGAGAAGAAAUUGUUGAUACAUUUCCAGAGGGAACACAUUGGAAGAAAGUUGACGACAAUGUUAUUAAAAUAAGUGUCAAUAAUUGUGAUGACUUUUGGGCUAUUAUUAGAUGUCAACAAAAUGAAUCAUUUGUUCUCAGAAUUGCCAAAAGAAUUGGUAUUACUAGUGAAGUCCGUAUGGGAACCGAUUGGCAAAUAUUUAACAAACAUUUAAAUCAUAUGCCUAAUGGCAGACAUACAGCCAUAAGAGUGCUUAUCCUAUGUUUGUUAUGGUAUAUAACAAGUGCUGGAAAUGGUGUUAUCGGUAAACUACUUCUCCAGUCAUUCCCUUAUCCGAUAACUGUGACAAUCGUGCAGUUGUUGUCAAUCACCAUAUAUUCAUUGCCAGCCCUAUCACUGAUCAGUCGUGGCAAACGUGAGCCGACUCUUGAGUGGUCAUACUAUGUGAAGAUCAUUAUUCCUCUGGCUUUCGGCAAAUUCUUUGCUUCAGUCUCUUCACAUAUCAGUCUAUGGGCUGUUCCCGUGUCAUACGCUCACACAGUGAAGGCUUCGAUGCCUUUAUUUGUAGUGAUUUUGUCGAGAGUUUUAUUAGGAGAAAAACAAACGACAAAAGUUUAUCUAUCAUUGGCGCCAAUAGUGGUCGGCAUACUUAUAGCCACUAUCACUGAACUUGAGUUCAAUAUAAUAGGUCUCGUGUCGGCUCUCUUCUCAAUCUUUGUCUUUUCUUUACAGAAUAUCUUCUCUAAACAGGUAAUGCGUGAAACAUCACUACAUCACAUAAGAUUGCUUCACGUGUUGGCCCGAUUGGCACUCAUUAUGUUUAUUCCCAUUUGGUUUUGGCACGACUUCCUCGACAUACUAUACAGUGAGAGUACGACAACAUUGGACGGUUGGAUCGUUGCCUUAUUCCUAUUCAUCGAUGGUUUGGCCAACUUUUUGCAAAAUGUCAUCGCCUUUACGGUGCUAUCAAUGGUAACACCGCUGACGUAUUCCGUGUGUAAUGCAUCCAAACGUAUAGCAAUUAUCACAUGUUCUGUAAUAAUGUUGAAGAAUCCGGUGACACCUAUGAAUGUCUUGGGUAUGAGUUUUGCUAUAUUUGGCGUUUUCUACUAUAAUAAGGCCAAAUACGAUCAAAUGUCAGAAGAAAAACUAAAACCAAUCCUUCCGUACACUAAAAGUGAUAGCAAUUUAUUACUGAAAUACGCCAAUCAAUCGCAUCAUAACAUUGGCUUCAAUUACAUUAGCAAUGGAUCAAAGACACUGCAAAAUGGACACACAUAUCAUUAUUAA